AUGGUCAACUCCUGUUGUGGCUCCGUCUGCUCUGACCAGGGCUGUGGCGAGGAGUCCUGCUGCCGCCCCAGCUGCUGCCAGACCACCUGCUGCAGGACCACCUGCUGCCGCCCCAGCUGCUGUGUGUCCAGCUGCUGCCAGCCCUCCUGCUGUGGCUCCAGCUGCUGCAGGCCCAGCUGCUGCACCUCUAGCUGCUGCCGCCCCACCUGCUGCCAGACCACCUGCUGCAGGACCACCUGCUGCCGCCCCAGCUGCUGUGUGUCCAGCUGCUGCCGCCCCUCCUGCUGUGGCUCCAGCUGCUGUGGUUCCAGCUGCUGCAGGCCCAGCUGCUGCAUCUCUAGCUGCUGCCGCCCCUCCUGCUGUGGCUCCAGCUGCUGUGGCUCCAGCUGCUGCAGGCCCAGCUGCUGCACCUCUAGCUGCUGCCGCCCCACCUGCUGCCAGACCACCUGCUGCAGGACCACCUGCUGCCGCCCCAGCUGCUGUGUGUCCAGCUGCUGCCGCCCCUCCUGCUGCGGUUCCAGCUGCUGCAGGCCCAGCUGCUGUGGCUCCAGCUGCUGCCGCCCCACCUGCUGCCAGACCACCUGCUGCAGGACCACCUGCUGCCGCCCCAGCUGCUGUGUGUCCAGCUGCUGCCGCCCCAGCUGCUGUGUGUCCAGCUGCUGCCGCCCCAGCUGUUGCUAG